AUGACGCUCCCAACAACCACAACCACAACCACAACCACAACCACAGUCGCCGACCCAAUCCCCCUCCCCGCGCCCUUCUCCUCCCUCCCCCGCCUCCCCCUAACCCUAGGCCCCUCGCCCAUCCACCCCCUCCCCCGCAUAACCGCCGACCUGAGCACCGCCACCAACCCAGUCCGCAUCUACGCCAAACGCGACGACCUCUCCUCGCACCUCGCCUACGGGGGCAACAAGACCCGGAAGCUGGAGUACAUCCUGGCGCCCGCCGUGCUGCCCCCGACCACGCCUACCACCCCCACGGGAGAAUGGCGCAAAGCAACAACCCUAAUCUCCAUCGGCGGCCUCCAAUCCAACCACACACGCCAAGUCGCCGCGUGCGCCGCGCACCUGGGCCUCAAAGCGCGCCUGGUGCAAGAGAACUGGGUGCCCGACUACACCGCGCACAGCAGCGGGUACGACAAAGUGGGGAACCUGCAGCUGUCGCGGUUGAUGGGGGCGGACGUGCGGAUCCACCUGCCCACCGAGUUCGGGAUCGGACAUAAGGCGACGCUGCGCGCGCUGGAGGCCGAGUGUCGCACGGCCGGGGAGGUGCCGUACUAUAUCCCGGCGGGGGGCUCGGAUCACCCGCUGGGCGGGGUGGGGUUCGCGCGGUGGGCGUUCGAGGUGCGGCAGCAGGAGGCGUCGGGGGCGGUGCUGCCGGCCGGGGAGCGGUUCGAGACGGUGGUGGUGUGUGCGGUGACCGGGGGCACGUUGGGGGGCAUGAUUGCGGGGUUUAAAUUGCUGGAGAAAUUGUAUCCGGAGGAGGAGGCCGGCACCAGGAAGAGGAGGGUGGUGGGGGUGGAUGCGAGUGCGAAGCCGGAGGAGACGCGCGCCCAGGUGUUGAGGAUUGCCCGGGUGACGGCGGCGCAGAUUGGGUUGCAGGAAGAAGAUAUCGCCGACGAGGAUGUGGUCUUGGUCGAGGAUUAUCAUGCCGGGUUGUAUGGGGUGCCGGACCAGCAGACGUGGGAGGCCAUUGAGUAUGCCGCCCGCAUGGAGGCGUUCAUCACCGACCCCGUCUACGAGGGGAAGAGUUUUGCCGGGAUGGUGGAUUUGAUUCGCAAGGGCCAGAUUACGGGGAAUGUGCUGUAUGCGCAUCUGGGAGGGCAGUUGGCGCUGAAUGCCUAUACGGAUGUGGGCGAGAGGAAGGCGUGA